AUGUCCGAAAGUAAAAUAAGAGUAGAACAACGAGAACUAUCAUCAAAGGGGUUUAAUUACACCCCAAAUGGGCUUAUAGUAACCAAUGAUAUAAAAUCUGUCUACUCAGUAUUCGUAAUAUGUAUGGAACUAAAAGAUUUAUCCUCUGAACCAAAAAACUUUUUCGGAUCCUUCAACAAAACAUAUCCGUAUUCAUUUUCAUUGGAUGAUGCCAUUCAAGAAAUGAAGGAUUUUAAAUUAUCUUCAAAGGCAAAUUCUACACAUGUUACAAUUUCGUAUCAGAUGAAUGGAAAAUUAGCAAGACAUUUACUAGAUAUAUUUAUGUCGGCAAAAUUACUUCAUUGCCCAGCAGAUAGGACCAGGUCUGCUCCAAAAGAGAAAGUGCUUUUACAGCCGACUCCUAAAGGGACAGCUAUAUUACAGAAAUUUUCAAGAGAUGUGGGGUUGAAAAUUCUUCCACCUAUUUUAUCAUCGAAUAUCAACUCAAUGGAAUUGUUUACAUUUGAGAGAAGUUCAGUUUCAGAUUCAAUCAUUCACAGUGAUUAUUUAAUCCAUAUUUUAUUUAUCAAGUUGAUGGGAACACAACCUAACGUCUGGUCUCCCUCAAAUCCAAGUGAUACUCUCCCGUCACUAAGUGAGCUAUUAGAAUGUGGAAAUGAUACUUUCACGUUUGAAAAUAUGAAUGUAACAGCAAUUCCCAAUAUUAAUGGAAAUUAUGAUGAAACGUCCUCUGAUAUACCUACUGGUUCAUGGUCUGACCAAAUACCUGAAGAUAAAUUAAUAUCAAAGAUUAGAAACUCUCCCUUUUCUCACAAAUUCUUUACUAAUCCAGAUUCCGAUUCACAUAUUCAGUAUUAUGUUUCCAAUUCUGGAAUAAGGCUAUUUAAAUCUAAAAAAUUCGGUGAUAACAAUAUUGUUAUCGAUUAUACUUUUACAACAAAGGCUAUUUGGCAAUGGUUAGUUGACUGUACAGAUAUUACGUAUCCACAAGAAGCAAUAGCUGUCGCUGCGUUAUUCCUCAAAGUUGGCUUGAUCGUACCAAUCCUACUACCUCCUUCCGAAACAUCUAGAAGAAAAUUUAGUAUCAGUAGGUCUUCAUAUUUCACUUUAUCAAAGCUAGGUUCUGAUAUUGUUCAGUGGAGCUACACAAAUAAAGAUGUAAUAAAUUCACCAUAUAAAAACUUGAAAAUUGAAACACCAAAGGAAGUCUUUAUUGACACUGGGUUCAUAGCAAGUGGCAAUGUUGUGAUUCCAGACGAUAAAAAAGUUUUGUCAAACAAUAUUAUUGACCUUUCAACCAACGAAUUUUUUGGACAAUAUCCUAAACUGCAUAUGAUAUUAAGAGAUCCUGGUAUGAGAUAUUUGUUUCGUCUGCAUUUGGAAAAGGAAUUCUGUGUAGAAAACUUGGACUCAUAUAUUGAUAUUAAGAAGUUUUUAAAGAAGAUGUCAGCCCUAAGGAAAAUAAUGGAAACUAGAAACAAUAAUGAUGCUCAAGGCAAAAAUCGAUAUCAAUCGUCCAAAAGUGAUAUUAUAUCUACCAUUAACUCUGCAUUAAUUAAACAGGCGAACGAGUGUCUAGAAAUGGCGUAUAGAAUAUACUCAUCUUAUAUAAUGGUUGGUGCACCGUACCAACUAAAUAUUGAUCAUAUCUUACGUGAAGAUAUAUCUACUGUGAUGCUCCAUCCCAAGUCUCCUAUUUCUGAAACUUUUGAAUCACCUAUCUCUUCUCAUGCCAAUAUUUCGAUCGAUCACACAAAACCAAAGUUAAAUAUUAAAUUAGAGGCAAUAUCUCCUCCAGAGGCAAUCUUCCUUCCAAGGGACUCAUAUAUAUUUGGUAAAAAUCCUGGUUUAUCAAGAAAAAGCCUUCGACCAACACCUUUAAAUAUUGGAACUGAACUUCAGAGCAUCGAUACAGUCACAAUAGACAAACCAGAUAGUGCCGAUAAAAAAUAUAUUUUGAAAUAUAGUAAUAACAUUCCAGUUAGAGCCAAUCUUCAAAACACGAUAAAGAUUUUAAAAAAAUUAUACCCCCUCUUGGAAGAUGUCAGUAUGAGAAUGUAUCGUUUAAUGAAUAUUGAUUCUUUACAGAAAUUUCAAAAUUCUGAUCUAUAUCGCGAAAUUAUUACAUUGAUUGAAAAUCAUUCAAAUUAA